AUGGUUAGCUCCUCAAUCGCUCUCCUGCAAGAAAGGUUUAGGCAACUAGAGAAAGUUAAGGAGCGAAGGGAGGAGAAAGAGCUUCUAAAUCUGUUUGCAGAGACUGAAAGGAUUAUGCCAACAACGCAUUUUGAGCCUUCAAAGUUAUCCUUCCAACCUCAAAUGACUACUCCAAAUCGGUCAACUCUUCGAGAUUCACCCUCCCUGGAGCUAAACUUGCAGACCAAGCAAGCUGAUGUUCAAGCCAUGAAGAGGCCAACCUUGACAGACUUAUGGCCUAAUGGUGCAGCCAUGGCAAGCACAUCAAGAAGUUUUGAGAAUUCAGAUGUUGAUACUUCUCUUCAUCUGUAG